AUGUUGCCUGUAAGACCAGCCAAGAGAGUUUUCUCCGGCGCCGGAGACUUUACUCCGGGAAGGAAACGUCGGCGAUGUGUUUCUUCCAAUUCUCCGGCUACGGAAGCCAAAGCCGGACCCGAUUUGCUUGAUUCAAUCCCCGACGAUCUUGUCGUUUCUAUCCUUUGCAGACUUGCUUCUACGGCUCGAUGUCCUGCUGAUUUCAUCAACGUUUUGAUGACAUGUAAGAGGUUAAGCGGGUUAGCUACGAAUUCUCUGGUUUUAUCAAGAUUGUCUCCAAAAGCUAUUGCCAUAAAAGCUCAGAAUUGGUCGGAAUCAGCUCACCGGUUUCUGAAACGCUGCGUCGACGCCGGAAGUCUCGAAGCUUGUUACACUCUAGGAAUGAUUCGGUUUUACUGUCUGCAAAACAGAGGAAACGGCGCGUCGCUCAUGGCUAAAGCCGCCGUUAGCUCUCACGCGCCGGCUUUAUAUUCCUUAGCGGUGAUUCAGUUCAACGGAAGCGGCGGUUCCAAGAACGACAAAGAUCUUCGUGCCGGUGUGGCUCUAUGCGCUCGUGCGGCUUUCCUCGGUCACGUCGACGCGCUCCGUGAGCUUGGUCACUGUCUCCAAGAUGGUUACGGUGUUCCUCAAAACGUCUCCGAAGGUCGUCGUUUCUUAGUCCAAGCCAACGCUCGUGAACUCGCCGCCGUUUUGUCCUCCGGGAUGACUGCUCGGUCGUGGCUCACUUUGUCACAGCCUCAGAUCCCUAACUCUAACCAAAUCCAUGGACAUGGUUGUCCUCUGCUCAGCGAUUUCGGGUGUAAUGUACCGGCACCGGAAACCCAUCCGGCGAAUCGGUUUUUAGCGGAUUGGUUCGCCGUACGAGGUGGAGAUUGUCCCGGAGAUGGGUUGAGGCUGUGUUCUCACGCCGGAUGUGGAAGACCGGAGACGAGGAAACAUGAGUUUAGGAGAUGUUCGGUCUGUGGCGUUGUGAAUUACUGCUCACGCGCUUGUCAAGCUCUGGAUUGGAAACUCCGACAUAAGAUGGAUUGUUCUCCGGUAGAACAAAAUGACGCCGGUGACGGAGAAGGUAACGUCCAGAUUGACGGAAAUGUUAACGGUGAUAACGUAUUGGUCCCUAUGAGUUAA